GGAGAGAGAGAGCAAAAAGGAUAUGUGGCGGGAGUAAAAGAAGGUCACACUUCAAUGGCGUCUCUGCAACUCUGCGACGGUUAUCUUCUCUCAAAGCCCUCUGUAUCUCCACGAUUCCGUCUCCCUCAACGAAUCUCUCAUCGCCUCAUCCCUAAAGCCUCCGCUUCUCCUCCUCCGCCUCCACCACCAUCGUCUUCUUCUUCUUCAUUGUCUCUCACUCGGCGGGAUCUUCUCUACCAAUCUGCGGCAGUAUCACUCUCCCUCUCCUCCAUCGUCGGACCAGCUAAAGCUGAUGAACAGUUAUCCGAAUGGGAACGAGUCUUCCUCCCAAUCGAUCCCGGCGUCGUUCUUCUCGACAUUGCUUUCGUCCCCGAGGAGCCUAGCCGCGGGUUUCUACUGGGAACGAGGCAGACUCUGUUAGAGACCAAAGACGGCGGAAACACAUGGGCUCCACGAUCAAUCCCUUCAGCUGAAGAAGAGGAUUUCAAUUACAGGUUCAAUUCUAUCAGCUUCAAAGGCAAAGAAGGAUGGAUCAUUGGCAAGCCUGCGAUCUUGCUGUACACUGCUGAUGCUGGAGAGAAUUGGGAUAGAAUCCCCCUUAGCUCUCAGCUUCCUGGUGAUAUGGUGUUUAUAGAGGCGACUGGAGAGAAGAGUGCAGAGAUGGUUACCGAUGAAGGUGCUAUCUAUGUUACUUCCAACAAGGGAUAUAACUGGAAAGCUGCUAUUCAGGAAACCGUUUCAGCUACUUUGAACAGAACAGUCUCGAGUGGAAUCAGUGGUGCUAGUUACUACACGGGAACCUUCAGUGCUGUUAAUCGUUCACCGGAUGGAAGAUAUGUUGCUGUUUCGAGCCGUGGUAACUUCUUUUUGACAUGGGAGCCUGGGCAGCCUUACUGGCAACCACACAAUAGAGCAGUUGCAAGAAGAAUUCAGAACAUGGGAUGGAGAGCUGAUGGUGGUCUUUGGCUUCUUGUUCGAGGUGGAGGACUUUAUCUUAGCAAAGGCACUGGGAUUUCAGAGGAGUUUGAUGAAGUUCCAGUACAGAGCCGUGGCUUUGGUAUUCUAGAUGUUGGUUAUCGCUCAGAGGAAGAAGCAUGGGCAGCAGGAGGUAGUGGGAUUCUACUGAGAACAAGAAACGGAGGAAAGUCAUGGAACCGUGACAAAGCUGCUGAUAAUAUCGCAGCUAAUCUAUACGCGGUCAAAUUUGUGGAUGAUAAGAAAGGAUUUGUGCUUGGAAACGAUGGAGUGUUGCUUCGAUAUGUCGGAUGAAGAAAAGGUGAAUUGAGAGAGAUUCGUUUUGUUUUUGUUUGUUUCGGUGUUUCUCUGUAAAGCUUGUGCUGUGUUUUGAUACUACUCUGCAUUACAAAGUACCUGUAUACAUUCCAACCAAGCAUGAGAUAUAGAUAAAGUCCUUUUUAAAUCUAUU